UUUCGGUCAUGCUUCUUUAUUAUAAUUUUCUGCUUUAUUCAUACGUUUGUGGAUUGUGAAAAUUGCCUUUUACUGACCUCAGAGAUUGUGUGCUCCAAUAUCACCGUAAAAAGUUUGCAGGAUAACAUUAUGGUGGAAGUAAGAAGGAAAGAUGUAAAACAUCUAAAAAUUGCCAACAGUCUUAUCGAGUUUCUCCGAAGGGAAACUUUGGAAGAUUACAAAAAUCUCCGGACUUUGACCAUUGCCAACUCCGGACUAAAGUUAGUCGAAUAUGGGGCGUUUUCAGAAAAUCUCCUGCUUGAAUCGUUCAACGUGACCAAUAAUUUUAUACAAGAUAUUAGCAGUAAAACUUUCCCUUCUACAAACAAUAUAAACACGAUCUCGUUGUCCAAUAAUUUGUUUCGAAGCUUGAACGACUUUGAUAUAAAUCAUUUUCCCCACCUCCACACAUUGGAUAUUUCCAAAAAUUAUUUGGAGUACCUGCCUGAGCAACUCUUGAACAAAUUAGACAAUUCCUCCUUCACAUUAAUUGCCGGAAAUAAUCCAUUUAAAUGUGACGAUUGGUCAAGUAAAUCCAUAAAUCUUUGCACUUUGAUAAGCAAAAGCAAACUUCAACCACUCCUGAUAAACUAUACAAACGUAACAUCAAGUGCAAACACAGAAGUAAAAUGCAUAAGGCACUGUCAUUUCCUAAAAUGUAUCCCACCAUUUCUAUGCGGAAUAUGGCUUGGCAUUAUCAUCGGGAACAUAUGCAAAAUAAAGGACUUGAUAUAUCCGAAAUUGAUGGAGAACAAAGCUACACAAUACGACGUUCUAAAAUUCGGAAUGGAGUGUACACAUAUGAUGCAAAUUUCCGAAGAAAAAAGCGAACUGGAAAUGGUUAUAGAUCCGCCCAAGGUUAAAAAGUCCGUCAGCUUUAAGAGCGAGAUGAAAACGAUGAAAAAGCCUAAUUGAUUAAGACUUUUUUUUUUACAAAAACAAGAGUUAUUGGCACAGAACGAAACGGACUCUGUGAUGACAUUUUCAGAUGCUCUCAAGCUAUGUGUGUGUCCGACAUGCUGGGUCUCAAGGACUUGUUUGUUUUGUGUGCGUCAUUCGAAACGGAUUAUUUUAUUGUGUUGUUGCUCGAGCAGUUUUGCUCCCUUGUUUAAAUAAUUUUUGUAUAAGAAUAUUCAAUUUAUUAUCAAUUAUAAACAAAUACAAGUUGUACUUUGUAAA